AUGGAUACCCUGACAAAUGGUCCAGCGAGAAAUAGACAGAGAAAAAAUACGGAGGAAAGGCGAAAGGGCAAUGCCAAGGAGCUGAGCCGCCUCGCAUCCUACGAAGCCGCUCGCGAGUCGCUGAUGUUUAGGCCAUGGAAUAACUUGGCAACGUUCCAGACGGUUGGGGACGUUUUGGCCGACGUUGGCAUCAGUGACGAGGCAUGGAAUGGAUGGCUACAUCACAUAGGUCCCCUUGGCAACGAUCUUCGUGUACUGGCAGCACUGCCGGCGGUGGCAGUGGUCGCAGCUGUCGGCCAAACUAUAAAGGCAGACGGUGCACCACUUAAUCCUGUGGAGGCGACCCAGGUGGGGUUAUGCUGGCGAACGGCGAGAAGGGUGACAGCAAUGAACUCAGGAAUGGACGAGGCACAGUUCAUCGAUGUGGAUCCAUGGGCCCCUCAAGAAACGGGAAGUGCUCCUACGGUGGCAAAGCCAGGGUCUACGGGAGUUAAAGAACAUGUACUCAAAAUGGCUUCACUGAUUGAUCAGAGCGAUGAAUCUGAGCUGAUGCCCCCUACAUUGGAGGAGACCCACAUUUGGACGCAAAACUUUGUCAUGGUGAUGGGUGCUAUGCCGGAUGAUGUAGAGGAACCAACGGCGAAUCAACUUGCAGCUUUGAAUAAACGCGUGGUAAAGUUGCUGGCGGCUCCAUACGUGGAUUUUGCGGUGUGGACACCUUUUGAGAGGAGAGCGGCAAAGUCGCAUCGCUUCAGGGUGUUCACUCCGUUGGGAAAUGGUCAGUUCUUGCAGAGGGACUUGCCGGGACCGGGAAACUUUAUGGCUUGGUCGGCGAGUUGGAGGGUCUUCAGGGCUGCAGCACUCAUGUUGAAGAUUUGCAGUCUGGCAGCCGUGGAAGCCUACUACCGUCACAUUGAGAAGCUGGUGACACAGUGGCCGCAGUGUUGGGGGCUGAUUUACAGUGCGGACGACACCGCAAGGGCAGAGAAGUUGGAAAAAUGGAGGAGGCAUUGGACGCUUGAGCAAGGAAGGGGUCGACAGGUGCCGAAUGAUUGGGAUGCCAACGACCCUUGGUCAUGCGUGUUUUUGUCGGUGAUUGGGGAUGAGAAGUUUUGGUCAGAGAAGGUGCAUGUACCUGCAUCAUCGUGGCUAGCGGCGGGAGGCAGAGGUGUCCCUGUUGUGGCUGGUGAGGCAGCCGUCACAUCACAGUUCCCCGGCCUGAAGGAGGACUCCGAGGAGGACAAGGCGCACGGAGGUCGGGAGAUCAGAAAGGAGAAAAGAAUCAGGAAGCGCAAACGGGUUCAAGCGGACCUUCAGGAGUUAAAGAACAUCAAGGCGGCAAACGAGAGAGCUCAUGACAGACCAGCCCCACCGUCGAAGGGCAAGGGCAAGUCGAAAAGCAAAGAUCAAGCGGGAGCUCCAUUGUGCUUCAGCUGGGCAUCCAAUAGUGGGAGCUGUGCAAACGUUCCACCUGGAGGAGAGUGCAAAGGAACUUUCCGCUCAAGCAUGAAUCCCGAGGGUGAGCUUGGCGUGGACUGGGGCGGCGAUGAAGACCCAGGCCAAAGCGCCGACGCGAGCCCUCAGGAGCCUGAGGCAAAGAGGCAGAAGCUGGAGUCGCCCACAAAGGACCCCUCGGUGAUGGCCGAAGCGGAGAUGAACGUAGAGAAGGCGACAAAGGAGCUGCCGGAUGCAAAACCUCCUGAACAAGUCAAAAAGGCUCUGGAGGAGUCCAAUAGUUUUGAUGAAUACAGGCAGAAAAGAGUUUUCACCUAUUUGCAUGUGUUUUCAGGCCCAGAAGAUGUGUUGGGAAAGGCGAUAAAGUUUGAGGCGGAGAAGGAGCGUCUGAAGUGCGAGAUAAAGUCGCUGGACAAGCUGAUCGAUGGCAAGGUCGACAUGAGCAGCGUGGAACAACAUCGGGGCCUGUGCCAGGAGGUCAAGGAGGGCGUGUACGAUGGAAUGCACGCGGGAUUCCCGUGUGGCUCCUUUUCAAUUGCAAGGUGGUCGAAAAAUCCGGGCCCGCCACCUGUGAGGUCCACCGCAGAGAUCUAUGGCCUCAGCUCGAACCCACCAGAACGUCAAGCAGAAGCAGACAGAGGUACUCUCAUGGCGGCACAAAGCGGCUGGCUCAUGGAGGCACAGGUGGAGUCCGACAUGGCCCGUCGAGUUCCCACAGCGGCGACAAUAGAGAACCCUCCAGGUGACGAUAGGUGUGGACCUGCAUGGGAGUUGCCGGAGAUAAAGCAGACCUUGGAGAAGAUCGGUGCGAGUAAGGUGCCUUUCAACACGUGCGCCUUUCAGCAAAGACUCAAGGUGCGCCACUUCAAACCUGCGAUGUGGGCAGGGAAACUGGAAGGACUACCUUCCCUGAGCAAGGUCUGCCGCUGUCCCUCAUGGAUCAUUCAUGAGGCACUGGUGGGCAAAGCCAAGACCGUCAAAGCGGGCAGGUACCCAGACGAACUUUGUGAGGCCGUGGCAAAGCUCGUGGUGGCGGGAUGGAAGAGGACCGUCAAACUGGAGUUUUGGAGGUUCCAACUUGUCAGACAAUCCAAGGCAGUAUCGUCGCUACAACACAAGUGGUUGCUGAACGAAGAGAAGCGGUUCGACAAACCACAGGAGACAAAGGAGUCAGACAAGAAGUUUGCAAACUCCUUGACAAGAGCGUUGGCUGCGGGAGACACCGAAAAGGAGUACAUCCCUUCGUCCUCAAGGAGAGCAUCCAACAAGGAGAUCAAGGAGAUGCAGAAUCAGGAAGCCAUAGGCGGCAUGAGAAAUCCCUCCAGAGCAGUUGCAAGACUUCACAUGGUGCGAGAAGUUGGAGAUCAACUCAGAAGGGAAUGGAACGCCUUCGAGUUGGAGGAAUGGGACAUCGUGGACGUAGCUUGCGCUUAUGGUUCAGAGGAGGCAAAGUUCUUGCAGGUGAGAGUUGAGGAAUGGGAGAGACGAGUCAAAAAGAUGUGGAACAUGCGAGACGAGGACAAGGAGGUGAUCUUGAAGCAGCCUGAGGAGUUCACGUCACCGCUGAUCUAUGAGCUCUUGGAAGGAAUGGCAGAGAAGGACCCGGAAGAAAUCCCGGAGGUAGAGUUCUCGGUGUUGAAGGAAACGUCGAACUACAAGAGCGUCUCUGAAAACAAGGAAGACGCCACCAUCGAGAUCAGGAGAUACCUCGAGAAGGGUUUCGCUGUCAGGAAGACUUGGGAGGAAGUGCAAGAGCGUUUUGGUUCAGGCACUUGCUCAAAGAUGGCGCUGAUAAUCAAGGACCGCCCAGACGGAGGAAAGAAGCGCAGGAUCGUGAUCGACAUGAGGAGAUCACAGGGAAACGCCCGCUGCAGAGUGAGCGAAAGGAUCACCUUACCAAGGAUCCAAGACUUGGCGCAGGGGAUCAGAGGCAUGAUAGCAAGAUCAGAAGACCUUAAAGGAAUCCUUUACAAAAGGUAUGGUGACAAGGGUCUGGAGAACUGGGACGAGUUAGAGUUCGUCAUGAUUGACUUGAGGGAUGCAUUCUGCCACCUCGCCAUAGACCCCAGGGAAUGGCGACACACCGUCACGCCAGACGAAGCAGAGGUGGGAGCAUUGGUAUGGCCGGCAAUGCUCUUUGGCUACAAGGCGGCCCCGCUGCACAUGGGCAGGCUGGCUUCGGCAAUUGGAAGGGUCCUGCAGUCUAUGGUGUCAGCAGCAGAGAUGACAUCGCAGAUCUACAUGGACGACAUCAUCCUGGUGUUGCGAGGGCCCCGCAAACAUCGAAACCACGUCCUUGCCAUGGUGCUCUACAUCCUCCGAAUCUUGGGGGUGCAGAUUGCGUUGGAAAAAGGAGAGCGGGGAUCCAGAGUGAAGUGGAUAGGCACCACGCUUGAACUUCAACAAGCAGAACUCAUGAUUGGGAUUCAGGCAAAGAUGCUGGAGGAGAUCGAAGCCGAAGUCAAGAAGUGGCCACAGAUGGGUAUGGUGCCCUUACGUGAUGUCCGCAAGAUCACAGGAAAGUUGAGCUGGAUAGCAGGGGUGGUGCCCAGAGCAAAAUGGGUGGUGAACGCCCUCUACGGCACCAUGACAUCGGUGCUGAGAGACGAGGCAGAGGGCCUGGAGGACAUGAGGGCAUCCAAGCGGGCAGACACCAGGCCGAAGAAAGGGCUGGUGCCUUACAAGCGCCUCAAGAACCCAAUUGACUGGCUGUGCAAGCUGAUGCAGAGGAAGGACAUCCUGCUGUUCAGGGCGGAGCCGUUUGUCGAGAAGAAGAUCCAGUACGGGCUGGUCACGGACGCAAGCCCAUGGGGGUUGGGAGGCAUGCUCAUCCGUCUCACCAUGGACGGCACUGCAUUCGAAAUCGUUGAGGCUUUCGAGGCAGAGUUCAAGCCGGAGGACGCAAAGAUGCUGAAAGUGGAGUACGGUGAGGCAUCCUCCCAAAGUGUAGUUGAGACGCUGGCAGUACUCCGAGGACUGCACAAAUGGGCCUCGAUCUUCAAAGGACGUCUAAUCUUGCUACGGAGUGAUUCGACAGUAGCGUUGGGGGUCACGAAGAAGACGGGUAGCUCAUCGCCCCAGCUCAACUACCUGGCGGCAGAGAUCUCCUUGAUGCUUGAGCUGCAUCGCAUGCAGCGGGUGGUCGUGCAGCAUCUGCGGGGCGCUGACAACAAGGAGACGGAUUGGCUCAGCAGAAUGCACGACCGAGGAGACAAGCCGAAGUCCCUGGAAGGAGUGAAGAUUUUUCGUCUUGCACCUUGCCACACGUGUAAGGAAUUAUUUUCACUCACCCCUCCUGGUGCGGAGGGCCAUGGAGAAUGGGCCGGGGACUUGGUGCCUGCAGACACUUUCAUUGCAGGCGGCUCGGAGUGA